UGCUGUGGGACGUUGUGGGGGCUGAUUUCUUCGUCUGGGCUAUCUCUCCAGUUUUGUGCGUAACAGCGUAAGCGAUAAGCGUAAUAACCUGAUUCGCGCCAACAAAUUCAAAACGCGGUUCAGAAAGUCCAAAUUUGUGUAGUUCCCGCCUGGUAUUUGAUUGAUGGUAUCGCGUAUUCAAGCUCAAUUUCUCCCAUCACUUGAGGCUUCAGAUAGGAAAACAUCCGAAGUUUUCGUUUUCUUCAUGUUCAAGGUCAGUGAUUUGCAUACUAUUUGUCUCAAAAUGUCUACGACGUCUUCGGUUUCAUAUAUAUUUUUUUCUUGUCUCAAGGGUUUCACGCAUUCCUGGUUUUACCUAUCUAUUCCCCUCACGGACUUCAUUUAUGUUUGAUUGUGAAUUAUUUUGUUUAGUUGAUUUUGUUAUUUUUUUGGUGUUCUUUUAAUUCGAAGUUUUGAAUCGACCCGUCAUUGUUUUGUGGGAUUAGUUUAGGGAAGUAAAAGAAGAAACAGGGUCGAUCAAUUUCUUUUUAAUAUUUUAUACACCUGAUUCAGUGGAAGCGUCGAUUUUUGGAUGCUAUUUAUAUAUACACAUUUUUUUUCCUGUAUUAUUAGCUUGAAGUUACUGUGAAUUAUUGUUAGAGUUUAGGUUCUCUCUCUCUCUCCCUCCCUCCCCCUUUCGGUGGGAGUCAAAAGUUGUUGAAUUGGAACAUCAAUACGGCAUUUGGGAGCUAACCGUAUUUUUGAGCAUCCGCUUUGAAGCUGAUUGGAGUUAGUCCCCAAGAAUUGGUGAUGAAUAGAGAUACCAUUGAUGGAUUGAUUAAAAAGCGUCCCGUUUUAGCUGAUGUAACCAAUCAGCAUGGGAAAAGGGGAUUCUUGUCAAUUUCGGGAAGUUCUGGGCUCCAGAAUUCAAUUGGGUUUCACAGAAAGGUGGAAGACAAAAUGGGGGAUUCUGAGUUUGCCAAACAGGUUUGUCUGGGAGUGGAGAAUCUAGUAAAAGGGAAAUGCAAACGUGAAUAUGCUGACGAUGUUCGUGGGAAGGGUUUGCUUUUGUUGAAGGCUAAUGAUUCUUCAAAGGAUAACAUUGCUUCUGGUAACUCAAGAAUCCGCAGUGAAAUCAAGGAUACGUCGAGUCUGUUCAAUGGUGAUCUGCGCAGUGUAAGUGGUGAUGCAACGAUGCACAGAAUUAUGGAAAAAGACAAUGAGCCAAGAGACGGCUGUAUUUCUAGUGCUUCAUUGCCUACAGGCUCUGGACAAUUUGGCAAUGUUGGCGGCUUAGCAUCACUAUUUCAAGGAGAGAGCCAAGAUGGCAAAGAAUUGGUUAGUGUUGGUGUUAAGGAAACUGCCGUUGGAAGAACUCCUAUUAACGAAGCACUAGAUCCUCGUGAUCAUCAAAGCAGUGAGGAACAGAUGGCUGAUGCUCAUGAGUCAUUAGAAGUUUCUGGUUUCUUUGGCUCAUCAGCUUCUAUGGAGUUUGAGCCAGAGAAGCGCACAGGUUUUAAUGGUAAUGGUGGCUCUAAUGCUAGCGUGGAUGUAGACUCACUGAAAUCUUGCGCUUGUUCUUUCUGUCUUAAAGCUGCGUAUAUUUUGUCGGACCUCCAUUAUCAGGAUAUCAAGGGUCGGCUAGCUGCCUUGAAGAGAACCAGGAAAGAAGUUAAAUUAUUGGUAGAUAAAAGUUGGUAUCAGUUUGAAGCAGACAAAAAUGAAGGAAACCAUGACAAAUCAAACAAAUUAGAAUUUGAUCUCAUGGGCCAGUGGAGAUCUUUGUUUCUUCAUACGGAGAAUAUUCUUGUUCGUGAAAGCAGCCAGCUUCAAUCAAGUCUUCUCACGUUAAAAGAUUUGAGAGGGAGUUGCAAGACAGAUCUGGAGAUGAUUAAUGGGAUGCCCUCUCAGAAAUGAAUACUUAUGAUGUUUGGGGUGGGGAUUUGAAAGUUGGAUCGUAUGAUAUAUAAUGUACAAGGAUGCCUGAUUAAAAGUUCAAAAGAUUGUUUAUGGUUGUACCAGUUUCUUUAUUUUUGUGAAACAUUUGCAACAAAUGUUUAGUACUAAUAAUAACUGAUAUUGAUUGGUUGAA